GAAGGGAAUGGAUGGUGUUGCUGCUGGGACUGUGUAGAGAGACGAGUGAAAGGAUGAUGGAGGAUGUGAAGGAGUAUCUAGAAAGAAUGUGGCGAGCGAGGUGUAGGGAUCAUUAACGAAGAGAAAUGCUACUUUUUUUCUGUUUUGUCUUUUUUGCCCUCUAUAGUGGAGCAGCCGAUCCAAAGGCCUGGCUCUGGAGCAAUCUCUUGCCACCUGUAGCAUCAAGAUCAAGAUCAAGACACGCAACAGGAAGGACUGCUGACAUGGCAGCAACGACACCAAAGAUACAAACACUGAGGUGCCUCAUCCGUGAGAUACGCCGCACUUUGCUUCCCCAUGAGAAUUUGAGACACUCACCAGCCUUUGAGUACAUGAUGAAGGAGUACCGGCACAAUGCUGUCACGGACCAGCAGUGCUGCCGCCAGCAGGAGGAGAUGGCCUACCUGGCCCACACCUGUGCCACCUAUCUCGAGGCAAGCAGAAGAUAUCAAGAACUUCACCAGGAAUACCACUGUCGGGGUGAGAGGACAGUGAAGGAGACCGCUGAUAUUGUAGGCUUCAAACUUCCAAAUGAACACUGACAACAGUAAUUUUAUAUAUAUUGAUAUAGAGGUACAGAAUAUUACAGUCUUCAGAAUUCAUAAUCCUUUAAUUAUUUUUAAGUCCAACAUAGUCAUUUAAUAGCAGAAAAUUAACUUCUAUCAGAGGAAUGAUUUUAACAUAAAUGGUUGGCAUUUUCUUUUACUUACUUUACAACUUAUACUAAUUUUUCUGUUGCCUUUUGUAAUUGUAAUUGUAAUUGUAAUUGGUUUGCAUCUUCAGUAGGCAUUUUGGGAAGCUUAAAUGUUUGCCUCUUAGGAUUCUCUGAGUGGUGGCAUUUAUAGCCUCUGGCCCUUCCUGAGGCACUCCUGUCAAAGACAAGCUUGGUGGCUAGCAUGUGGAUAUUAUUUAGCCGUUCAGCAAUGACAAGAUAAAUGGCAAUGUCUUGCCAAAAGCUCAUCAGGUUGUGGGGGUGGCAAUUGUGUUGCCUACCUCUGACUGCCAUAGCCACUAAAAUAUGUCAAGUCCUCCUGUGGAAGAGGUGUGCUCUCACUCUAGUACUUGUAUGUACAUUAUUUAAAUAAAACUAAUACUUUUUU